AUGGCCGAGGAAUCGAGAGAUGAGGAAGGGACUAUAGUCAGAACUACUCCGGUGCCGGCUCCUUCUGCCCAAGACGACAAGUUGGACAAACUGUGCAACAUGUUUGAAAAAUUCAUGACAAACCAAGGAACACCCAAUCAAGGGAUUCCCAACAUUCGGAAGCCUGUGAAGCUAGGAGGAAAUAACAGAGGGCAAAACCAGAAACCUUUUGAGCCCUACAGGCAGCAGUACAACAAUCAAGGGUGGAGACAACAUGAGAACCUUAGGUACGGCAACAACAAUUUUUUGGGGCCAAACCAAGGGCAGACGAGUAAUCCACCACAAUACUCGCAACAACCUCAACAGGCAAGAGGAUCCUCCCUAUCAGAGCUUGUGCAUCAAAUGGCCCAACAACAAGUGAAAUUCCAGCAAGAGACCGAGAAGUUCAUAAUGGAGACGAGAGGAGGAAUGCAGAAUGUGAACUCCCAACUAUCACAUCUUGCCCAAGCAGUUGCCAGACUUGAAAGCAAACAAGGGGAACUCUCUUCGCAAGUGGAGGUGAAGAAGGUGAAUGCCAUGACACUCAGAGGAGGAAAGGAGUUACCCGAAGUUGAUAAAGAGAAAAACCAAGAAAAGCUGGAGAUCAACGAGCAAAUCGGAAUGGGAUCAGCAGAUGAGGAAGAACUUACCCAAGAGAAAGAGGCUAAGCGAAAGGCGACAGGGAAGGGAAAAGAGAAAUCAAGCCAGACUGAGCCCAUAAUCCCUUUUCCAGGCAGAAUGGCCAAGGAACAAGAGAAGGAAGAACUAACCGAACUGGUUAAAAUCUUCAAAAAUGUGGAGGUCAAUAUGCCCCUUUUGGUCGCGCUACGCUCUAUGCCCAGAUGCACGAAAUUUCUCAAGGAACUCUGCACUCGGAAGGUCAAAUACACUGAUGAUGCGAAAUUUCAAGUGGGCGAGUCCAUAUCCGCGGUCUUACAACGAGAUAUGGCCAUAAAAUGUGGGGAUCCUGGCAUGUUUUACAUCCCAUGUGUAAUAGGAACCAUGAAGGUGGAGAAGGCAAUGCUCGACUUAGGGGCAUCCAUCAACGUUAUGCCCUUAUCCAUGUACCAGGACCUGGAGAUAGGACCAUUGAAGCCCACCCGAUUGGUGAUCCAAUUGGCAGAUCGAUCAAAUGUCUACCCAGAGAGAAUAUUGGAAGAUGUUUUGGUCAAGGUGGAAGAACUCAUCUUUCCAGCGGACUUCUACAUUCUCGACAUGGGGAAGUCAAAAGCACGGGAUCCGGUCAUGCUUUUGGGCAGACCAUUUCUAAAGACUGCCAGGACUCGCAUUGAUUGUGAUACGGGCAAGCUAACAUGUCAGUUCGAAGGGGAAACAGUAACCUUAGACAUAUACAAUGCCAUGAAACAUCCAGCUGAUACAGAGAUGGUGAGAAGUGUCGACAUGAUCGAGAAGGUUGUUGAGGAGAAUGGCAUAACCGAUGAGGACUUGCAAGAGGAAUCAUUGCAAGAGGCGGUGAAGAUACUAAAUGCUUGGAGCGAAGGAGUCAACUACACGGAGGCCCUGAAAAUCCCUACCUUGAAGGAGGAAGACCGACUGGUGCCUUCGAUCCAACGGGCACCCAAGCUCGAGUUGAAGUCCUUGCCCAAACAUCUCAAGUAUAUCUUUCUGGGCGAUAAUGACACUUUGCUCGUAAUCAUCAAUUCGGAGUUGACACUCGAAGACGAGAACAAAGUCAAGAUAACUUUAGGGAAAUACAAGGAAGCAAUUGGAUGA